UUCUGUGAAAAUGUCAAAGGAACUGAUGUGGUUCAACUAUUUCAUCUGUUCAGGAAUGCCACCAUCAAGACCCCAUUAAGGGAUGAUAUCAAGGCUCUAAGGAAAUAAAAAUUAACCUUUAACAGAAAGCUUGAAGAAUGUUGGAAUAGGUGAUUAAAUAAAGGCCAUUCUAGCUUUUGUGCUUCAAAGAUAUUGUUGAGGUAUACAGGUGAAUGUGGAAUAAGUCUGCAUUUAUUGACAGAUUGUAAAAAGCCACUAUUGGUUGAACUGAAAAUAAUCAAAAUAUCUCAUUUUUAGGCUAUACUAUGUCAGCCUUCAUCAGACGAUACAGCAAGUACUUGAAUGAAAAGUCACUCGCAUAUAGAAUGAUCUUAUCUGACAUCACAAAAACCAAGAGAGGGACAGAAGGUGUGAUAAGAACUAUGAAUACUGAAGAGCUUCUAAACACACUUCCAGUUAUUCAAACCCAGUUUAAUGCUCUUCUUAGUUUUAAUGCAAAUCCUGAUGAACUAACUAAUGGUAUAAUACAUGCUGCUUUUAUGCUCCUCUUUAAAGAUUCUCUUCGUCUGUUUGCAGCUUAUAAUGAAGGGAUCCUUAAUCUGCUAGGCAAAUAUUUUGACAUGAGGAAGAACCAAUGCAGGGAAAGUUUGGAUAUUUACAUCAAGUUCCUUCAAGGAAGAACCAAAUUGAUACAGUUUCUGAAAGUUGCAGAGCAAGUUGGAAUUGACCAACGCAACAUUCCAUAUAUUACUCAGGCACCUCACAGUUUACUUGAAGCACUAAAACAGCAUUUAGCUUCUUUGGAAGAGAAAAAUGAUACUUCACCUUCUUACCGGUAAGUUAAUAAAUGUCUUAAUGUACGUUAAUUUUGUUUCCCUCCAAAUAAUUUCCUGCAUCCUAAA